UUGUUUACUUUCUUUAGCAGUCGUGCUAACUCGUUAGCUAUUUACUGUAGAGCUGUGCGCCAAUACUAGUUACGUAUUGCUUAUACAAGUUUUAUUUAUAGAUAAACAUGACAUUUAUUUAUCCAAGUAGAUAAAAGCAAUAUACAGUUGUCUUUAUUUCCUAUCAAUAUACCAUUUACUAGGUAAUAUAUCCAGAGAGCGAGCUAGCGAUUGUGGCUUUUCUCUCUUCGUCUGGGGAGCUACGGCUAACUGAGCUGUGCGAGGAGAAAUUGGGAUAAGACUGCUCUGUGCCAGCAUUGAAUAGCCCCGUGACAAAAACCCAAUGUCGUUCUCACCCUAGUGUAAUCCAGACAUCGAGUUUAUCAAGUGGGCAUUUCCGGCUUUUUAGACUCUUUCGGGAAAUUGAGCCGUAAAUCCUUUAACCUGUCGCAGUUGCGCGAGCAGGAUGUCUCUCACCAACACUCCCACCAGCAACGACGCGUGCCUCAGCAUCGUGCACAGCCUCAUGUGCCAUCGGCAGGGCGGGGAGAGCGAGACCUUCGCCAAGCGCGCCAUUGAGAGCCUGGUGAAGAAACUGAAAGAGAAGAAGGAUGAGCUGGACUCGCUAAUCACUGCCAUCACCACCAACGGAGCGCACCCCAGCAAGUGUGUGACCAUUCAGCGAACCCUGGACGGACGUCUGCAGGUCGCGGGGCGCAAGGGGUUUCCCCAUGUGGUGUACGCACGACUGUGGCGGUGGCCAGAUCUUCACAAGAACGAGCUGAAGCAUGUGAAAUACUGCCAGUUUGCAUUUGAUCUCAAAUGUGACAAUGUGUGUGUCAACCCCUACCACUACGAGAGGGUUGUGUCACCAGGCAUCGAUCUGUCAGGACUGACCCUUUCAAGCUCAGGCAACUUCACAGUCAAAGACGAGUUCGAUUACGACAACCAGCAGCCUCACACCAGCUCUGAAGUCCACCUCCCCACCGUCCAGCACCCCCCCUCCAGACCUCCAGGUUCCCAGGAGGCCUUCGGCAGUCCAACCCUGCGCCCCCCAGACGAGGGCAGCGGUUCGGCCUCCACCUCGGCCUUCUCCAGCAUCACUGCAGCUGGAUCUUCAAGUUCUGCCCCCGACUGGACGCGGAGCGGGAGCUUCCCACCCACGGUGUCUCACCACCAGAACGGUCAUCUGCAGCACCACCCUCCCAUGCCUCACACAGGGCACUACUGGCCUGUAGCGAAUGAGAUUGCAUUCCAGCCUCCCAUAUCCAAUCACCCAGCUCCUGAGUACUGGUGCUCUAUCGCCUACUUCGAGAUGGACGUGCAGGUGGGAGAGACGUUUAAAGUUCCCUCCAGCUGCCCCGUGGUGACGGUGGACGGCUACGUGGACCCCUCAGGGGGAGCCCGCUUCUGCCUGGGCCAGCUCAGCAACGUGCACCGGACUGAGAACAUCGAGAGAGCCAGGCUCCACAUCGGGAAGGGCGUGCAGCUGGAGUGCAAGGGGGAGGGGCACGUGUGGGUGCGUUGCCUUAGCGACCACGCCGUCUUCGUGCAGAGCUACUACCUGGACAGGGAGGCAGGCCGCGCCCCCGGAGACGCAGUGCACAAGAUCUACCCCUCAGCCGACAUCAAGGUGUUUGACCUGAGGCAGUGUCACCGGCAGAUGCAGCAGCAGGCGGCCACGGCGCAGGCCGCGGCGGCCGCCCAGGCUGCGGCGGUGGUCGGUAACAUCCCCGGGCCUGUGGGGGGCAUUGCCCCCGCCAUCAGCCUGUCUGCAGCGGCGGGGAUAGGAGUGGAUGACCUGCGCAGGCUGUGCAUCCUGAGGAUGAGCUUUGUGAAGGGCUGGGGGCCGGACUACCCCCGGCAGAGCAUCAAGGAGACGCCCUGCUGGAUCGAGAUCCACCUCCACCGGGCCCUGCAGCUGCUGGACGAGGUGCUCCACACCAUGCCCAUCGCCGACCCCCAGCCCCUGGACUAGCCUGACCCCUGGGCCCCUGGACUAGCCUGACCCCCGGACCCCUGGACUAGCCUGACCCCUGGGCCCCUGGACUAGCCUGACCCCUGGGCAUUGGACUAGCCUGACCCCUGAACUAGCUUGACAAGCCUACCCUACCCUGAAACCAUGGACCCAGCCUCUACCCUACCCUGAAACCGUGGACCCAGCAUCUACCCUACCCUGAAACCGUGGACCCAGCCUCUACCCUACCCUGAAACCGUGGACCCAGCCUCUACCCUACCCUGAAACCGUGGACCCAGCCUCUACCCUACCCUGAAACUAUGGACCCAGCUUCUACCCUACCCUGAAACCGUGGACCCAGCCUCUACCCUACCCUGAAACUAUGGACCCAGCUUCUACCCUACCCUGAAACCGUGGACCCAGCCUCUACCCUACCCUGAAACCAUGGACCCAGCCUCUACCCUACCCUGAAACCAUGGACCCAGCCUCCACCCUACCCUGAAACCAUGGACCCAGCCUCUACCCUACCCUACCCUGAAACCAUGGACCCACCACUGCUGAGCGUCAGAAGAGGAAGAGAGGGUUUUACCCCAGCUCACCACAGUGUCACACACUCCCUAUAGCGUCCAAUCAAGAUUCAUCAAGGAUUGGCGGUUUGUGAAUUUUACGAUGGUCGACCUUGAGUUGUUUUUAAGGGGUUUUAGGUCUGUGGCGACCGUGGAUUACUGUGUUCAAAAGGGUUUUCGAGACGAUGUACAGCUAUUGUUGGGGUUAUGAGCUGGGUGCACUCUGGUGAUUCUGUCAUUCACUGGAUGCCUACUGAUCUAACCUUGACUAGCCUUCCCUAAUGAACUCCAUCACCCACAACCUCCAACCAUUUUCCUACCACCUACAUUAAUGGUCAAGACAUCCCUGAGUAAUGAAUUGAAAGGUUUUGAAAAAUGGCUACCACCACUAGGAUAUUUUUUUGAUUAUAAUUGUUUUGAUUAGAUGUUAGCUUUAAAGUAGCAUUUUAUUGUUUUAUUUUUAUUGUUUAAAGUGGGUAAUUUUGUUGAUUUUGGAAGUGAUUUUGUCACAAUUUCAGUCGAUUUUGUAACACAAAAGGAUUUUAGUAUCCAAAUAGCAUAAUUACAUCAUGUCAUCUCUUUUAAUCUUCCUAGUAAUCAUUUGUGUAUGAACUUUAUGAUAUUCUACAUAUUCAGGAACCAGUGAGAGCAGAGGAACUGUGAGGUAGGAUUUGUAAGGUGGUGUACUGACACCAGGUUUAAGGAUACAUAUUAUAAGAUCAGGUUAGUAUUAUAAAGACUGAAUGCUUCGUAGCUGGUUGAUAUCAAUAAAUCCAAACAUACUUUUGG